AUGAGAUUCUUGGGAUUUCCGUCAUUCCUGGUAUCAUUCGUCCUCCUGGGGGAUGUCCAGGACCCUAGGCUGGUUGAGGGGCUCUUACUCAAUAAGUCUGAAGGAAGGAUAUCUUCUCCUUCCUUAGGACCCUGUCCCAAAAUCAGAGUGAAAUGUGAAUUUGAAGAAAGGAACCAGUGCUCGAGGCACAGACAUUGGCCAGAUAAGAUGAAGUGCUGCCUGUUUGGCUGUGGAAAGAAAUGUUUAGAUCUCAGAAAAGAUGUAUGCACUUUGCCAAUGGACCCUGGCUCCUGUUGGGCUUGCUUUCCCUGCUGGUGGCAUGAUAAAGAAACUGAACUCUGCUCCGAUUUCAUCCAUGGUGGUUGCAAUGGGAACUCUAACAACUUCCCAUCUGAAGCUAUCUGCAAUGUCAUCUGCAAAAAAGGUAAGUCCCAAACUCCCGUGAUUAUCAGGGCCACACAAAAAUUUGGGCAUUGGUCCAUUCCAAGACUUCAUGGGCCUGAGGCUGACAAAACCAGCACCAAUUAG